AUGGCCACCCAAGGCAGGGAAAUGUCAGGCUUCGUCCCCAGAAGGGUUGUUCUCCAGAAACAGGAAGGAAGCCUGGCCAUCCAGAAAAAUCCAGGGAGCCAGACGUGGGGGCAAAGCUGCAGUCUCCAGAGGAACCACCCUCCCAUCUAUGGAAUUUGCCGGCUGCACUUCAGGCAGUUGUGUUACCAUGAGACGUCCGGGCUGAGGGAGGCACUGAGCUGGCUUUAGGAGUUCUGCCGCUGGUGACUGAUGCCUGAGGUACACACCAAGGAGCAGAUCCUGGAGCUAUUGGUGCUGGAGUAUUUCCUGAGCAUCCUGCCUGAGCAGCUGCGUACCUGGGUGCAGCUGCAUCACCACGAGAGUGGCGAGGAAGACAUGGUUGUGGUGGAGGAUUUCCAGAGACACCUCAGUGAAUCAGAAGAGGUUUUAGCUCCAGCACAGGAACAAGAAAUACAUUCAGAGGAGAUGAAAGAUCUGGGUGCAACUAAGGAGUCUUCUCCUAGUUCACCCCUCAGUGUGUCCCCAGAAGACUUAGGAAACCAAGCAGCAGCCACUGUGCUUCCGACAGUCAGGCCUCAGUUGAGAAUUAAAGAGAAUUCAAGGGGAACUCAGCCUUUAAGUGCUCUCUUUGAACAUGAUUUUGAUAGUGGAGUUGGCACACAUCUUGCAUCCCGAGUGAAUUCCUGUGAGGAUACUCUUGAGAAACUAACAGACAAAUCCUCAGGUGAGGAAGAGAACACACUGAAGCAUGAUUUCUCAGAUGUAACAAAUGAAGAUAAAAAAGAAUUCACAGAACACAGAAGUAAUGAAUAUAAACAUCUUGAGCAUCCUCGUCAUUCCUUCAGUACCACACAGCCGGGGGUUCUAAAGGGACAGAAAUUCUAUAGGUGUGAUGAAUGUGGCAAAACUUCCAAUAGGAUUUUAGACCUCAUUUGCUAUCGAAGAAUUCACACUGGAGAGAAGUAUUAUGAAUGCACUGAAUGUGGUAAGACCUUCUGGCAGACCUCUCAGCUCAUAGUUCAACUCAGACCUCACACAGGGGAAAAGCCCUAUGAAUUCAGAGCGUGUGGGAAGAUGUACUGGCACAGCUCCCAUCUCAUUCAACACCAGAGACUCCAUAAUGGGGAGAAAUCAUAUAAAUGUAAUGAAUGUGGAAAGCCCUUUACUCAGAGUUCCCCACUCACAGACCACCAAAGAACCCAUACAGGGAAGAAAUCCUAUGAAUGCAAUGAGUGUUAGGAGACCUUCAUUCGGAGUAAAAGUCUCCGACACCAAAUCCUUCUCACUGGUAGGACGUCCGACAAAUGUGCUGAUUGUGACAAAGCUUUCUGUUCCAAGAGAAAUCUAGUUGACCACCAGAGAAUCCACAUUGGAGAGAAACCUUAUGAGUGCCAAGAAUGUGGCAGGACCUUCAGUCAGAGUAAGUGUCUUACUCAACAUCAGAUCCUCCACUCUGGGGGAAAACCAUACAGAUGUAGCAAGUGUGGGAAAGCCUUCCACCAUAAUUCUCAACUAGCUGAAUAUGAGCAAAUUCAUACUGAAGAAAAGCCUUUUGAAUGUAAUGAGUGUGGUAAGACAUUCAGUCUAAGUAAAUGUCUUAUUCGUCAUCAGAGACUUCACUGUAGCACUCAAAGACUUCACACUGGUGAAAAACCCUAUCAAUGCAAUGAGUGUGCGAAAUCCUUCAAUCAAAAUUCACACCUCAUUAUACACCAGAGAAUUCACACUGAUGAGAAACCUUAUGAGUGUAAGUGUGGGAAGGUUUUCAGUUAUAGCUCCAGUCUUAUGGUCCAUCUGAGAACCCAUACUGGAGAGAGACCUUAUAAAUGCAAGGAUUGUGGGAAAGCCUUUAGUGACAGCUCACAACUCAUUGUGCACCAGAGAGUGCACACUGGAAAGAAAUCUUAUGAAUGCACGAAGUGUGGGAAAGCCUUCAGCCAGCAUUCCACUUUCAAUCACCACCAGCAAACUCACACAGGAGAGAAGCAGCCAGGGCUAUCUCAAUGGGCCUCUUAA